UUAUUAAUUGCAAGCUCAAUUUUAGAAGGUUGUAGCAUUCAACCGUUGGAUGCGAAAUAGUCAAAAGACCAAACAAGCUUAAUCUCCCAGUUAUUUAAAUGCUAAAAUAGCCGUUAUAAACUCUACUUUAACUGCUCUUGUUACUUCGUCUCCUUCUCUCUCCCUCUUUAUCUCUUCAUUUCUCUCUCUUAAAACCCACAAGAUCUAUUAUGGCAAUCGCAGUGGAAUCAUCUUCACCUCCUCCGCCCCUCAUCGAGGUGAUUCCUUGAAAAACUUUUUACUGAACUAAGAAUCUCUUUUCAAAAAACACGAUUUUAUCCUUAAAAAUUCAUUUGCAGGGAUCAUCAUCAUCACCCAGACCUAUGGGUCCCUCUCCAUCUUCAAACGAACACUUCUGGAGCACCCUUCGUAGGCGGGUUGAUACUCUCAUAGAAAAGCGCGAAUCCACUGAUCAAACAGGAGGAGCAGAAGAAAGAUCGAAGAGAAUGAAAGAUGACGCUUUGCUGCUUCUCAGAGGGUUUGAUUCAGUUUCUUCCACUCUUUCUCAGCUUUCUGACAAUCUUGAAAAUGCCCUUCAGGGGGCAAGAGAUCUAGCAAACCCAUCCACAUUAACAGAAAUACUUAGCUCCAAUUUGGAGAAGUACAAAAAUGGAGAAAAUAAUAAACCAGUAGAAGAAGAUGGGAAUGAGGAGAUAGAGAACAAGGGGUCAAAGAGGAAGUUUGAAAGUUCAGAUGGUCAAAUUCAAAAUUGUGGGGGUGAUGAGACUAAGGAUGAGAAUGUGAAGAGAGCCAAGGAAUUGGGGAAGCUCAAGAAAGCCAGAACUAUUGCAAUUUCAAUGGCGGCAAGAGCGGCUGCAUUUGCUAGAGAAUUGAAGUCAUUAAAAUCGGAUCUAUGCUUUGUACAAGACCGGUGCUCGUUCUUGGAGGAAGAGAACAGAAAGCUCCGCAAUGGAAUUCCUGAGGGACUAGUCCCACCAGAAGAAGAUGAUGAUCUGGUUAGAUUGCAAUUGGAGGCACUUUUGGGGGAGAAAUCAAGGCUUGCAAAUGAGAAUGCAAGUUUAAAUAGGGAGAACCAAUGCCUUAGGCAUCUAGUGGAGUACCACCAGUUUGCCUCUGAAGGAAUGUCUGCUUCUUAUGAGAACUUACUGAGAGGAAUGGGUAUGAGCUUGGAUUCACCAGAUGAUGAGCAAAAUGAUGGGAUUGAAGAAGGCAGAGAGUUGGUAUCUUCUCAUCCUAGAGAUUUAUUAGGAGUCUUCAAAUGCCUUGACGAGUGCUACGAUGAAUAUUAGCAACAGAAAACAAGAGUGAUUGACUCAGUCUCACAAUGAAGAAUAAACAAGUCUGUUCAUAGGAGAACCUGUGAACAUCUUCUACUUCUUGUUAUCAGUGAUUAGCCAAAUUUGCUAUUCAUAGUAAUCUGUCAUGUUUAUAGCAAUCUGAAUGCAACUCUUGUACUAACAAUGCUCUCUCUUGUACUAAUAUACUAAAUAUUAUGGCAAAACCCUAGCGAAGGUUUAUAGUUUAUUGCAAAGAGCUUUUUAAAAAGACAAAAAAAAUAAGCUCACAUGCU